AUGAAAAUAGGACAAUGUCCGGUACCGCUGCCGAGUCUCUUUGUGGAGGCGGUGAAGGCGCGCAUCAACGACACGACGCCCAGCGUGGUGGUCAUCCCACGCGACCCCUCGCCAGACGCGGUGGGCCAGGCGGCGCAGGUGGACUUCCUGAGCCUGCGCGAGGUGACGCCCGCCGGCGGUUGGGUGCAGACUGGGAGCGGUACAAACAACACGAGCUCCACGACCACCUUCACGAGCCGGCUGGCCAACAACGCCACGCUGGCCUACGAGUUCGCCACGUUCGACGCCGACACCGCCCUCACCCUCGGUACCUUCCUCAUGUUGGAGCAGGAUUAUGUGUAG